AUGAAUUUUACUCCACCAUACGCGAGAUCACCAGCAUGCAGUAUCGAGCCUUUAGACGAUUACGAAGCACCCAGAGCACCGCUACUUCGACAGGUGUCACUUGAUGAGGAGAGACAAGAUGACUGCCAGGGACACUGGCGUGGGCCUUAUGUGGAGGGAGAGGAGGAAGAAAGAGGAGUAAGGCUGUUCAGAGCGAUGCUUCUGCAGCAUUUAAGACUGGAGGAACUUAGGCCGCCGCCCUGUUUGUUGGUGCCGGCUAAUCCUGAUCAAAGAGGUUGGUGGAUGUAUUGGAGAGAUUGGCGAGCUCUCGAAAAAGCGGCCAGAAGGUUCAGAGAAACCAAAGCACGUGCCAGACUUGCAGCUAGAGCAGAACACAUAUCUUUAUUAAGUCUUGACGAAGUUGCCUUUGAAGAUAUUAUGCAAGAGUUGUGUCAAGCAUGCGUUCACGCUGAGCAGAGGGCACUGCUUGUACUUGCAUUUCUAUGCGAGGUCUGUGCGCGGGCGGUGAAGGUCGGGGGCUGGUGUAGAGCUGCAGAUUGGGCUGCUAGACAUGUAGCUCAAUGCGCUACACCUUGGGCUAUUAGACACGGAGGAUGGAGUAACGUGGUGGAACGAGCGAGUGGAACAAGGCGAGAUGACACAAUAUUGGCUGGGGCAGCCAUUGCAGCAUUGCUAGCUUUUCUUUUAUUUUGUAAAACACGUCUUCGUUUAACACUUCUAUAA